AUGCUCCACUCUCUAUCCUUCCAGCCUUCUUCUUCCACUUCCUCCAAACCCUUCACCUCCCGCCGGCGGCUCCCAUCGCCGCCACCAGGACCACCGCCGAUCCACAUCAAGUUCGACACAACCCGCCGCGAGCAUCUCCGGUACCUCAAAUCCAUAGGGGUAGUCCACCCAAACACACAACUCCACAAGCUCCCAUCUCCCGAUUCCACCUCCAAAAUCAUCUCCAUCGUCGACUUCUUCAAAUCCAAGGGCUUCUCCAACGCCGACUUCCCCCGCCUCGCCUCCAUCGGCCCCGAGCUCUUCUCCCCCAAAUUCGACGUCUCCUACAUCGAGCCCGUCUUCCAAUUUCUCACCUCCGACCUUGGAGCUUCCCCUGAACAGUCUCGGGGUCUGAUCACCCGAUGCCCCGACAUUCUCUUCUCCGAUGCGGAGCACUGUCUCCGGCCGACGCUGGACUACCUCAGGCGAAUCGGGGUGGAGAAUUUGCACGUGCCGAGCAUCUUGAAUGCCUAUUUGUUGAACAUUCGAGUCGGGAAGUUGCAGUCCAAGGUGGAGUUCUUGAGGAGCAUAGGGUUCUCGGAAGAGGAGGCGGCGAGGUGCUGUGCGAGGAUGCCUGCGAUAUUCAAGUACAGUGUGGAGAAUAACUUGAGGCGCAAGUAUGUUUACCUUGUGAAGGAGAUGGAGAGAGGGUUGGACGAGUUGAAGGAGUUUCCGCAGUAUUUCGGGUUUAGCUUGGAGAAGAGGAUUGUGCCGAGGCAUUUGCAUUUGAAGGACAUGAACGUUAGGGUGAAGCUGAAUAUGAUGCUGAUGUGGAGCGACCAGAGAUUCUAUGCUAGGUGGAAGAAGAAGAAGAAGACAACAGGGCUGCCUAAGCGAAAUUCGGGCUCUUCUGACGGACUGUCGUAG